AAGUAACAUCUUUCUUUUCCUGUUUAGCUUUUCGUCUUUCUUUAUUUGAUUACUUAGUAGUGCCUGAGUUUAGUGUAAUAUUUUUAAAAUUUAGACUGAUUUUUGAAUCAACUGCGAAAUGAAAAAGGUUUCCAAAGACCUGGCUCCAAUAGCCAUUCCUCAUGGACCACCUGUGGAGUCCACGUCAGAGUAUUAUAAAUCCUUGAUGGAAAGUUCACGUAUGGUAAAAAAAUAUCCAGUAUGGGACGUAGCUCGGCCUACUCCACAAGUGCUGAUGGAGCAAGCUCGCAGGGAUCUCAUAGAGGCAGAUGAAAAGCUCGCUCUAAAAAGAGAAGAGGAAAAAGCGAACAGAGAUUUGAUGGACAACAAGUGGCAGGAGCUGCGUGAGAAGGAGAUGCUUUUGAAGGAGUCUUUUAUCAGCUUCAACAAGUUUAUCAGAGAAAAUCAAGAGAAGCGCGACAGGGCAGAGCGUAAGAUGGAAGCCGAUAUGGAAGUGCUGGAGAGAAAGACACGAGAAACGGAGGCCAUGCGGCAGAGAGUCGUAGAGAUGGAGGAGGUCAAGGAGCUCAUGGAGAAGCAAGUCCAGGAUUAUACAAUUUACGAGUACUACCUGAUGUCGGUUGUACACAACUACCCGGAGUUCAAGCAACCGUUAGACGUACUAAACCGUUAUGAAGCCUUAGCUGCCGCAAAAGCCACAUUAGCGGAACGUCAGGAACGGGAUUUGGAGAUGCUAGAGAAUGCUCGCCAGGAGAUCGCGUCGCUCACUGAAGAGAAGAAACUAUUCAUCAUGGGCCUGAACAACACCCUCGCUGAUCUCAGAUGGCGCUACGACAUAGUACGCAAUCGCGUGAUCAAAUGGGAGCUUGCACUAAAUCGCCUCAAGGAAACUGCAGCAAAACGGCAUGUGGAACUGUGCCACGUUAGAUCGGCUAUAUGGAGUUUGUACGUGAAGAUCUGCAAGCAAAAGGGUCUGCCGAUAGAUGUGAAGAACUCGGACUUUGAGCAACAGCUGGUGGUCAUAAUGAGGGCGCUAUUGGAGCUGAAGCGCAUUUAUAAAAUCGCGCAACAUAGGUCUAAACAAAAAGAUGGUGAAUCCAUGUAGACUUUCUGAAACAUGAAAGAAGACUUUAUUUCCUUCGUUAACCUAUCGAUCUUUUAGUUAUUGUUGUUCAAAUUGUAGACAUUUACAUGAACUUACGUGUUUUGAAUAAAAUUUAU